UGUAUAUAUAUAUCUAUAUAAGGAUAUAUGCAUUUUUUCCAUAAACCACUGAAGAUCAACGAAUUAAAUACUUCUUUGAUAUAGAAUUAUGGCAGGCAAUGUAUUUGGAAACCCCGUCACCGAUGAGCUUGUGCAAGAACUUUAUCCAGGCACAAAAGUAACUCGCAAACUCAAAGCUGAAGUGGCUUUCCAAUACAUCAACUCCGGCGGUAAAGAUGUGGAUGCUAAAAACUUUGUGUACGGUCUCAAGGACAAGUAUGGCAAUGGAAUCUCCCCAAAGUGCAUGAUUUACAAUGCCACUGGAGAUACUUUAACGUAUUCCGGCAAACAUGACUGGCACGGUCAUGUUUGGCAAUCUCCAUACCCUGCCAAGAUUCAAAAUGGGCAGUGGGGUGCUUUUCUCCAUGUCCACCCUUCCUGGUUUGCAGGUUCGGAAUCCGCCAUUGUCUACCGUGGCUUCAACGGUGAAGGCUACCUCUGUGACUGGAUGCUCUCUUGGGGCAUUCCCUAUGUUGGUGAUAAUCAUGUCUAUACUGAAAUCCGUGAAAGUCGUCAUUAUGAAACUGAUCACUGGGACUAUAUUAAAGGCUUAUUGGAAAACCAAUCCACUAAACAUGAAGAUACUUGGAAUGGAUGUCACUCAGUUGUAACGAUUGGGGAAGGCACUUCUCCUGAGUUUGUUGGAAUAAUAACCUUAGACGGUGUCACCACUUCAAGUGGUAAAUAAAUAUGGACAAUCUUGCCAAAAAUAAAUAAAUAUUUCAUGUAUUGGCAAGAAUAAUAUUUGCGUGCAUAACGAUGUGGACUAGCUACAUUUUCCAUUUUUUUUUUUUUUAUCCUUCUACAUUUUGAUUAUAUGCUUUGGAAUGAAUUUCAAUGUGUUUUGUUCAAUUUGGGUGACUUGUUAAUUAAUAAUGUUUUCUAAUAGUACAUCUUUUUUAA